CACCACUGGGGCUGGAGCGGCCACAACAGCGGCGGGAGCAGCGUAGGCCAAUGGAGCGGCAGCAAGGAGACCGGGCUUGGCGGCGGCGCAGGCGAUGAGGGCGAAGAGAACAACGGCCUGAUUUAAGAGAAAGAGAAUAAGCACAUGAACAUUGGCGAUUUAGCGUUUGUUCUCACUGUUCUCAUCGCCUGCACCGCUGCCAAAUCUGGUGUUCUCGCUGCUAUUCUCUUGACUUACUCCACUGACGGCGUCGUUGGGACCGCUCCAGCUCCAGUAGUGACUGCAACCAGCAGCCAAGUGAUCGCUCGCAAUAAUGGCAUUGCCGCUGCUCCAAGUGUUGCCACCACUCCAGUAGCUGCGCUCUUGGUGACCCGUUUUGCUGCCGCAGCUGCUUUGCCCACACAAUUAACAGCGCCUCAUUAUGUUGCCCCCUUUGCCGCUGCCUCACUCUUCUGGUGAAAUAGACGAAACAAAUGCUUUUGUGAAAUGAAUGAAAAUAAAUUAUUUAUCUUAUAUGCCUAAUUGAAUCUAAGAGGUGAUAAUUAUAUAUUAUAAAGAUUAUCUGUUUCAAAUGUUGGCCGCGGCUACACCUCAGAUGGUCCAAUCGACGAGCCCAAAACAUGAAAUUAUAUGCUCACCGUUGUUUUUUCUUGAAUCUCUUCAAGAUCGUUCGGCGUUGAAAACUUUCGAACGCGCAACGGCUGUUGAAAGUG